CCAGCUCCGCUCCACAAACUCCCGCGCUCAGACGAAAACACCGGAAGCGACGUGAGUGCUCGCGCCGCACGCACAGGACGUCACCACGCACGACAAGUUUUGGUCCUGCUCCAUGAUAAUGCUAAUGCUAAUGGUAACGCACCAAUAGAUCCAUGUAACACACACGGAAGGUUUUGUUUCUCUGCUCCGACACUACGGCCCAUAAACGAACCAGGACCGACCGAGCCAAGAGAGCCAGAACCGAACAAAGGGCAAGGCACAACUCUGCACCUCACCACACUCCGCUAUUCUGCCCCAAAACCAACCAACCGAACCACGAAGCACAGGACCAGAGCAGAACCGGGGACAAAGCGCCGCGGCUGUGCUCCGAACCGCGACUGUGGAGCGCCUAAACCAGGACUGAACCAGGUCUAAACUAGGUCUAAACUGGCACGAAACUGAGACUAAACCGGGAGUAAAGCAGGACUCGACCAGGACUGAGCCAUGGAGCCGGGGGCAGCAGAGGACGAGCCCGAGCCGAUAACUCUGAAGUCGGUGAAGGACUUCAGGUGGUUCCCAGUGCCACAGACCGAUCGUCUCGGAGGAUGUAGAAGUGUGCGAGAGUUUGAGAAGUUGAAUCGUAUUGGGGAGGGCACGUAUGGCAUCGUGUACCGUGCCCGAGACUCCAGCUCCGGGGACAUCGUGGCUCUGAAGAAGGUGCGCAUGGACAAAGAGAAGGAUGGCAUCCCCAUUAGCAGCUUGAGGGAGAUCACGGUGCUCUUGGGGCUCAGACACCCAAACGUGGUGGAGCUCAGGGAGGUGGUAGUGGGCUCUCAGCUUCAGAGCCUGUUCCUGGUGAUGGGAUACUGUGAGCAGGACUUGGCCUCUCUGCUGGAGAACAUGCAGAGCCCCUUCUCCGAGGCCCAGGUUAAAUGCAUCGUGCUGCAGCUUCUGCGUGGGCUCCAGUACCUCCACCACAACUUCAUCAUCCACCGUGACCUAAAGGUGUCCAAUCUUCUCAUGACAGACAAAGGCCAGGUGAAGAUCGCUGACUUCGGGUUAGCACGUACCUACGGCUUGCCGCAACAGCCCAUGACGCCCCGUGUGGUGACGCUGUGGUACCGUGCCCCAGAGCUGUUGUUAGGCUCCACCUCUCAGAGCACGGCUCUGGACAUGUGGGCUGUGGGCUGUAUCCUGGCAGAGCUGCUCCUGCACAAGCCUCUGCUCCCCGGAGCUUCGGAGAUCCAACAGUUGGACCUGAUCGUGCAGCUCCUGGGUUCUCCAAAUGACUCCAUCUGGCCUGGCUUUUCACUGCUGCCUCUGGCCGGACAGUACAGUCUGAGGAAACAACCCUAUAAUAACCUGAAGAGCCGGUUCUCUUGGCUCUCUGAGGCCGGGCAUCGUCUGCUCAACACUCUGUUCAUGUACCAGCCUCAGCGCCGCGCCUCAGCUGCAGACUGUCUUCAGAGCUCCUACUUUAAAGAGAAGCCUCUGCCCUGUGAACCCGAGCUCAUGCCCACCUUCCCUCACCAUCGCAACAAACGCUCUGCUCCAGGGGCACCAGAGGGGGGCAGCAGACGCUCUGGAGCAGGGCCAGAGGGGGGCAACAAGCGCAGCAAAGUCUGACUCUCGAUCCUGGUCUAGACUGCAUCUGAACUGGGUGGGACCGAGACUUAAACAUGUGAGAAGUAAAUUAAUGUAUUUAUAAUGACUGUGUUUUCAUUUUUAUUUCUUUACAAAACAGACAAUCCAGGCUCAGAUCUGGAGGAUCUCAGGAUUCAAUGAGUUGAAACACAAAGACACAGGCACUGCCGUCUUUAUUCUAAAUGUUCAUGCAGGUCAUAAAAUAUAAAUUACAUUUCACCUUUUUACGCUUUUCACUUUUUCUUUCAUUUUUAUAACUUUUUUUAACAGAUUUUUUUAUUAAACAUAAUAAUUUGUCAGUUUAAUAUUGUCGGCCUGCAGUCAAUACAAGGCUCUUUAGGUAAAUAAAACAAAACAAGUAACUGCAUUUUACAAAAACAGAAAUCGAAAACUGGGAAAUACUACUCCCAAAAUGACACCGCAGCAAGAUGAGGUUAAACAGAACUACAAUUACAAACAUGAAAAAAAAAAUCACAGUUUUUGGAGAUUUUUUUUUUAUAAUUCAAAUGUGAGUUUAAAGUUUGAAGAAAAAUGUACUAUUUACACUUCUGAGGCAUAACAGGCCAUGGUUUAGACCUGGAGUAGACCUGGUUUAGUCCUGGAUUAGACCUGGUUUAGUCCUGGUUUAGACUUGGUUUUCAUAUAGUUUUUGCAUCAGACAUUAAAUGACACAUUAUUGAGGUUACUUGCUUAAACUUAAAAUUGUUUUUCUCAAAAAUGUUCAAAAUACUGCCUUACACAUCUCACACAAAAACUGUCAAAAUUCCCACAAAUUUCAAAAUAAAACAGUAAAAUCUGAGGCACAUUUGGUAAAAUUAAGCAAAACUAAAAUUCAAAAAGAGGUUACAGAGAUACUGAGAUGCUCAUAUGGUUUCCAGCCAUAAAAUAAAAGUUAUAAUUCAACACUAAAAAGCACAAAUAAAUAACAGAUAUGCAACAGGUCGAGUCUCGUCCCUCUAAAAAAAUAAAAUGUUUCGUCAAAUGUAAAAAAAAAAAACAUUAUUGCUUUAUUUUGGCAGCUUCGGCACUCUCUUCAUGGACCUUAUGUGUUAAUCUUUUAGUCCUGGUUUAGAGAAGGGAUGGGCGGUAUAUUGGUUCCCGUAUCAGAUAAUAUUCAAUACUGGUUUUUUGUUUGUUUUUUACUUCCCUCUCUGUGUGCCCUUUCUGAAUGAGUCAAAAUUGAGUGUUAUAUGGCUGUAUUUUCACACAAACAUGUAACAAAUACUCCAGUAAAUACAUUUGGUUAUUAUUUUUACAAAAGUGAAAAGUUAAAGUAGCAAUCACAAAUUAACUUAAGAUAAAUGUGUGGGCUUUGCUGUGGAUUUUAAACUUGAAAUAUAUUGAAUGUGGGUUAUCAGCUACAGUAGCAGGCCAAAUAUCAGAUAUAGGUAUCGGCUCAAAAAAAAAACAAAAAAAAACAAAACAACAACAACAAAAAAAAGGUAUCAGCCCAUCCCUAGUUUAGAUUUUUGGUUCAACCCAUUUAGUUUUGGUUCCUUAGGUAAUAUUAGGUAAUUUUCUGUAUGUCCUCCAGAUGGUGCCAUUAUCAGCCAUUUUCACUUCUGUUUCACUGAGAAGUUGUCACAUUUGCAAAUCAUUUCCAAAUCCUGAAAGUGCAUCAUAAUUUUGCAUGAUAAUUUCUGAGGCCAGUUUCGACCUGAUAUUAUCCUGAAUCAGGCGUAUCUACAGAGCUCAACAGUGACUGCCCACCCUGUGAUUCCGGAAGUAAAUUUCCUGUUCAUUUUUCCCAAAUAGUAAAUGUUUGAAAGCUCAGGGCUAAUGGCUAGUAAUUAAUGACCACAAUACCUAUAAUUUUAACACAUCACACUAGUGAGCAGAGGUUUUUUUUUUUUCCAUUUCUACCAAAAUGACUACGCGGUGCUGCUGAAUCCAGUGGCCGUGUACCGGUGGAGGUGACAACAGGAGUAGAUUGAAGCAAUGACAUGUUGAAUACAGGAGAGUAAAGAUUACUCAAAUAUGCAUGAAUCACUCUAAAUACAAUUUCAUAGCGUCAGUGAGAAGGAAACGACUGUAACAUGGCUAAAAGCUCUGAAAGGCUGACUUUGCACAAUAGGUCUGUUUUAAAACACCCGCAAUAUACUUGAUGUGUAGCUGGUUAAUGAAUGGAAAAGUUACUUUUGAAACAGAGGAUUUGGAAGUGGAUGGGACUGUUGAGCUCCAUUUUGUAACAUCAAAAUCAAAGUAAAAACUCUGUUGUGUUUUGGGGUUCGAGGGACAAUAAAGUUAAUAAAGACAAACCAAUACGGAUCAUGCACCGCUCAAAUCCACAACGCCAUUUUGUGUCACGUGAGCAGAGGGCCGGCCUCUGAUUGGCUCCUCACUUCCUGUUUCCUUUGAGAUAAACGUUGUCCUUCCAUUGGUCGGUGCCGGUCUGGAUACUCCGCUCUGAUUGGACGAUAUAACACAUUUGUAAAGUGGAUCUUAGUGUGAGUGAGAGCAGCAGAGUGGUUAGCUCCCAUACCUCACAGCUAGAAGGUCAGUGGGUGGAUUCUCAGACCAGUUAAAUGGCAAUAGCAGGCUGCAGAUAGCAAAUACCAAAAUACAGCCAUCCUUACUGCUACUACUACCAGCUUGUCUCCAUAGAGAUGCUAUUGCUUAGCCUGGAAUAUUCCAUAGUAAGGCAUUAAACUUCUAUUCAAUUAAACAUGUUCUUUUACUACAAAUAAGUCCCCGUUCCCUUUAUUCUCUGUGUGAAGUCACUCCCCCUUCAGAGCACUAUGACAACUCAAUCAGGAUGCCUCCAGCUAAUGCUACAACUACUGCACAUCGCAUCAGGUUUGUCAAGUUGUUGGGAAUUUUUUCGCAGCAUGUUGUUGUAUAUUUAUGAAGAAUUGUUGUGCAGGAGCAUGGAUGACAUGGGCGGAACCUUAUGCAGCCUCAUAACCUAACCAGGGAUUCUAAUAGGGCCCGAGAGAGAUCAGUAGAUUACUCAAACAUGCAUGGAUAACAUCUAAAACCUCUUACUUUAAUGCCAUACUGUGGAACAUUCUCGGCCAGCCCUGCAGCAGAUGAUGACAAUUUUUAACUAAAGACGAAACAACAGGCUUUUAUUGUAGUAUGUCUGACUUGUGUGAAGCAGGUCUCCUUUGGUUCAACCUGAUCUGAACCCCAUACGGAGAGCUGAGUGUCCAAAUCCGGCACCGACCUCCUCCUCGCUCCACUUCCUGCUUCCUUCCCUGAUGUCACUUCCUCUUGUACUUCCCUUUGUUUUUAAAGUUCUGUUCGAAGAUCCCUCCUUUACACAUCCUUGCGAGUAACUUUCUUCUACAAACCUUCCCCAUUUUUGAUCAGACUUGAAUCUUUUGGUAUAAACUCUACACCUCCGGUUCAAAAGCAGGUUGUGUUUGUUAGUGUUCUGUUUAAAGUACCCUCAGCAUUCUCCUGGUGUCAACUGUUCUACAUUAAACCGCUUUAGAACUCUGUAGACCACUUUAGACCACAUUAAAACCCUUUAG